CCGACGAGUGGGCGGAAGUGACGUGUUCUGUGGGCGGAAGCGGUUUCCACGUGAGCUGACGGAAGCGCGGUACCAGCGGUGGAGGCGGCGCGCAGGAGUCUUAGGGCAGGCCGAAAGAGCAAGAAAGCACGAUGUUGUCAAGACCGAAACCUGGAGAGUCUGAGGCGGACCUGCUGCAGUUCCAGAACCAGUUCCUGGCAGCCAGGGCAUUCCCAGCAGCGAAGGUUGUGAAGAAAGCAGACAAGAGGAGAGGGGAUUCAGGGAGUGGAGAUGAUGGGAGACCCCCACUGCAGGACAGCAAGGAUGUGGUGAUGCUGGAUGAUUUUCCUGAUGAACCCCCAGCCUUAACACCAGCCCCUCCAAAGAAGACCAAGUUAAAAAAUGCCUCUGUCCACUUUGAUGGUGAGGAUUCAGCAGAUAUACUGGAGAGCCAUGAUCAACACAUCACAGUAGUCUUCAGCAAAAUCAUUGAACGAGACACAAGCACAGCAGCUGUGACCAUGCCAGUGCCCACUGGAGACCCAUUUCCUAGGACAUUUCAUCGCUCUGAAGUAAAAAGCGAGGUGAGGUUGGGAUCUGGAAGGAAAAGUAUCUUUGCACAGAAGAUAGCAGCUAGGAGAGCUGCUGAAGAGGCUGUGACAGCUCCGCCUGCUGUUGAGAUGAGACGUGUGCACACAGAAUUAAUAGUUCCUAGUGCCAUGCAGCAGAUGGAUGGAUCGGUAAAGGAAGGGCCACUACACAGAGCAGAGAAAGAUAAACCUGGUAAUUUUGUGAGCACUGAGCGACCUUGUAUUAUAACUGGAGAGGGUCUUAGAAGCUUCAAGAGUGAGCAGGAAGCACAGACCAUCCACCGGGAGAACCUAGACAGGUUACAGUCCAUGUCCCAGGAAGAGAUUCUGCAGGAACAGAAGAAGCUGCUGGCUCAGCUAGAUCCCAAUUUAGUUGCUUUCUUAAAAUCAAAACAUGUAGCUGAUGGAGGUGAGAAGAAAGAAUUAAUCACAGAACAGGAGGGACCAGAGGAACCUGGACGCCAAGACUCUGGGCCUGAGUUGCAGCAUGGUGCAGAGGAAACUGUGGAAGCUUCUUCCAUGGAGAGGUCAGACAUGGAGGAGACCACAAGGGUUGAAAAGGACACUGGAACGGGAAUCACAGAUGACCUUCCUGUGAAGCCCAAGAAGGAAUGGGUCCACAUGGAUAAUGUGGAGUUUGAGAAGUUGGAGUGGAUGAAGGAUCUGCCCCAUCCCCGUCAGAGGAGAACUAAAAAGGGAAUGCUAGCCAGGUUUAGUUUGAAGGGAGACUUGAUUCCUCCAGAUAUAGACUUACCUACUCAUUUGGGUCUACAUCAUCAUGGAGAAGAAGCAGAAAGGGCUGGCUACUCCCUCCAAGAGCUCUUCCAUUUGUCUCGCAGUCAGGUCAUUCAGCAGAGGACGCUGGCACUGCAGGUACUGGGCUGUAUUGUUCAAAAGGCCAAGGCAGGGGAGUUUGUCUCCUCCCUGAAAGGUAGUGUUCUGCGCUUGCUGCUUGAUGCUGGAUUCCUCUUCUUGCUGCGCUUCUCCUUGGAUGACCCAGUGGAUAAUGUAAUUGCAGCUUCCAUCCAUGCCCUCCAUGCACUGCUGGUGUCUCCUGAUGAUGAGAAGUACCUUGACUGGACUUUCUCAUGGUACCAGGGGAUGGCUAUGUUUCCCUUCAUCCCUAAUGAGGAGGAAGAGGAGGAGGAAGAAGAAGAAAUGAUGGAAAAGAGUCCAGGAAAAAAGUCAAAUAAUGAAAACAAACCAGAUCCAGACGUGGCCCAGUAUGAUGUCAUAAAGGGACUUUUGAAGACCCGAAUCCUUCACCGGCUGAGGUACAUCCUUGAGGUAGUGCGACCCGUCCCCUCAGUGGUGCUGGACAUUCUGGAUAUUCUCACCCGUGUAGCAAGGCACUCCUCUGAAGCAUGCAUUCAGCUUCUGGACUGUCCUCGGCUGAUUGAGACCAUUGUUAGAGAGUUUCUCCCUACCUGGUGGGAUCCCCAGGUGGCUGAACCAGGGCAGCUGCUUAUCAGCCUUCAUGGAGUAGCUUGCGCCACUGCCAUGAAGUUCAUUAGAGUCCUGGCAUCUGGAGGCAGGAAUGCAACAGCCAGACUGCUUAAUAAAUUUGAGCUAAAAAGUCGUCUGAGCCGGUUUAUAGCUGAGGAUCCUCAAGACCUUCCUCUCCAGAGAGAAGAAGCCAUCAGGCUAAGCACUGAGGCUUUUCGGCUAUGGGCAGUGGCUGCUGGAUAUGGUCAGGCUUGUGAUCUUUAUAGGGAUCUCUAUCCCAUGUUGGUGAGGAUUCUCCAGUCCCUACCUCACCUACAAAGCAGUUCCCAGGAAAACAGCCCCAUGUUUCAGCUUUCUAUCCAGCGAGCAGCAGCUGUGAUCACUCUGCUUACCCAUGUGACUCAGACAGCAAGCUGCACAGCAGAGCUGCAGGCCCAGCUAAACAGUGGCCCAGAAGAUGGGGAGCAGAUUCCGCCUCCACCAGUGACCUGGAGUCAUGUGUCAGGCCUGCGACCUUUCCUUGAGACCAGUCUGAGGAGAUCUUUCCAGGAAAUAUCCCAACUAGAAACUUGGCAGGCUCUACAGCCUCUUACAACAGCAUAUGUCAUCUACUUAGGAGUUUAUUAUAGUGUUUGCAGCCAACAGCCGUCACUAAAUCCAAUCGAUUGCUUGGAGGAACUGGAGCAUUUGACAUCUGAGGUGCUGCUGCCUCUCCUUAGCCAGCCAGCCUUGCACAGCAUGUGGGAUCUGCUCAGGCCGUGUUCUGCUCUAUGCAAUCCCUUGUCUUGUUCCCCGGCACCAGAAUCUGUCUGCAGCAUUGUAUCUUUGAGUUGUACUGGAGGCAAACCCCCUAUGAGUUUAGCUGGCUCAAAGUCACCUUUUCCCUUCAUUACUGCUCUUCUUUUCCUCAUCAACAGUAUCGCCCAAAUCCACAAAAGCCUGGUCAGCAAGUACUUCUGUGUGCUGAAUUUCAAAGGUCUGAAGGAUUAUCUGUGCCACAGCUGGGCCAAAGGACCACCCUCUGUAACUCCCUCAUCUGCCUGGAUCUUGCGGCAUGAAUACCAUCUGCAGUACUUUGUGUUAGCAUUGGCUCAGAAAAUGGCAGGCACUUGUCCGGAUUAUGCCCAGCAUGCCUCGCUCCAUCACUGCGUUGCCAUGGUGUUGUUAAGCUGUUUGUUGCCAGGCAGUGAGCAUCUGGCUCAUGAACUCCUAUUGGGUCUUGCGUUUAAUCCAGAAUUUAUUCCAGAAGGGAAAGCUGGAGGGCCAGUGGCUGCUGAUUUCUCUGAUAUCCUUCAUCUGGGUGCAAGAGCAAGGCUGGUGCAGCCUGGCUCAGUGGCAGCAGUUUUUCCCAAGCCCAGCCGUGGUGUUCUGCUGGGAGAAUCAUACCAGCAUUUGCCUUUCAUCCGAACCUGCUACCUCUCUCAUUUUGUUCACUUGGAGCCUUCUCUUGCCCGUUCCCAGGCUACUUACCGAGGUCGGACUUGCCUCAUCCAAUCCAUGCUGCUUCCUCAGGUCAGAGGACCCAUUCUACCCUCUGACUGGCCGUUUUUUCCCCUUAUCAGCCUUUAUAACAAAGUGACUAGUGCAGAGACACAGGGGGCUGUACUCAACACUCUUCCACCUGAUUUAGUGAACACUGUGACCCGGAAUCUGCAGUGGGUCCUGCUUCUGGAAACCUGGCGUGCCAGGAUACUUGAAAAUAUACCAGCUGCUGCCAAACUUGCACGGCUUAUGUGCGUCUUCCUAACAGGAGGUGAUUUGUUCCUAGAAGGACCUGUCCAUUGUUAUACUGCUGCCCUUCUCUCUCUGUACUGCCAGCCAAAGGCCCUGGAUUCUCUGCAACUGGAUGCUCCUCUCCCUGGCUUGGCUUCCUUCCAUGACCUCUAUAUCAACCUCUUGGAGCAAUUUGAAGGUGUCUCCUUUGGCGAUCCCCUUUUUGGAGCCUUUGUUCUUCUCCCUCUUCAGAGGCGUUUCAGUGUACAGCUCCGGCUGGCUGUUUUUGGGGAGCAUGUGAGCAUCCUGAGGGCACUGGGAGUGUCAUUCCAACAGUUUCCUGUGCCUCUGGAGCAAUACAUCUCCCCUCCUGAAGACAGCCUGAAACUCCUGAGACUGUAUUUCCGAACACUGGUCACUGGUGUGCUGCGCCCCAGCUGGUGCCCGAUCCUUUAUGUUGUGGCUGUGGCUCAUGUGAACAGUUUCAUUUACUCUCAGGACAGCACGACACAGGAGGCUGAUGCUGCUCGGAAAAGUAUGUUGAGAAAGACCUGGCUUCUAGUGGAUGAGGUAUUGAAAAAGCAUCUUCUCUAUUACAAACUGCUGAAUUCAGAGUGCCCUUUGGGCUUUGAACUUUAUGAAGAGCUCCCUCCCUUGAGACUAAAAUACCUGCAAAUGGUAACCAAGAAAGAGCCCAAUGAGAGCACAUCACUAUAGCAAAGCAUUCCUGCAAUAGAAGGGCUUAGGUGAUUAAGAGUGAGAGAGGCUGUUGUCUCCAAACCAGUGAAAAAUUUAAAGUAGACUUAUGAUGUGUGACGUGUUUCUUGAGCAUCCUUGGCAUGUCAGCAAACAGAAGAGCAAAUAGAACACUCUCAAGACAUGAAACAUUAUUAAUGCUAAAGACAUGAAUGAAACACAUAUGGUGUUAGGUGCGUCUCAUACUGUAACAUCUCAGGGAUCUGUGAGUACUGCAGAGCAAGAGGAAUGUCUUUGUGGUAUAGUGUAAGCACAGCUGGUUUAAUAAACUAAAUGAAGUGGAAAAAUUGGUCAAACCUCACACCGGAAGGUACACUUUCUGAAUGUGAUAUCUGUUACUAAUUCUUACUUUUUAAACAAGAACCUCUUAACUUUUCUGUAUCUUGAACUUUGCAGGAUUUCUCUCUGUAGGCUUCAGGGAAGGAGGGAAGAACUGGAUUGUGCCAAAUCACCAGCAGCCUCUCCAGGAAGGUGAUCUGGGUGCUUCUUACAUAAGUCUCACAUUGUACUGCGUCAGACCUACGAGGAAGUGAUGCUUCCUCACGUAGAAACCAUGGCUCUGUGCACAUCCUCCCAUUUUAGUUGUGUUCUUUUCUCUCUUAAUUUUAUUAAGGGUAACAAGAUUAAAAUAUUAUCUCUCUGGAGGACAGGAUGUUUGGCAGCUGCAGCUGUUUCCUGUAAGAAAAAAAAUAAGUAUCUGUUUGACUGGGAAGUACAUUGAUCAUCUUUUUCUCUUGAGAGACAGAGAAUAGAAUUUAAGGCUUGACAAAGAAGUUUAAGCCUUAAAGUGGCUCAUGGACCCACAUCCUCAUUCUAAAUGUCUUGUGGAGUGGGGCCUGCACUAUGGUGAUCUAAAAAUUACCAUACAGAGUACCUGCUACCCAAGGGAGCCUCACAGGAGUUGGUGCUUACUAUCCUGAAGAUUUCCAUUCUGUCCUGUCAUGUUUUGCAGGGCCAGGUUUUUUAUAACCAACAAAUCUUGUUUUGGAACAUUCGUUCUUGGAGCUUGCUCAGACUUGUUUUCUUUAACAUUUUUAAAAGUGAAUUAUCUUUCUUGGAAGGUGAUGGAUUGUGACAGCCCUGAAGAUUAAAGACCUACAUUUAUCUACACAGCAGAUUAGGCACAGACCAUGCUGAGUUCCCCUGCAUGCCCUGUUUCUGUCUUGACUUCUCCCCAGAUGCUAAUGGUACUGGAGAAUUUUAUAACAUGCUGCUUGCAGAACUUGAUCUAGGAUUUUACACGGUAGUGGGGGAUGCACAGUUGCAUGGUCUAGUGCUACAGGGUGGCUGCACCCCCUGCUCCCAGCCUCCUCUUCCCUCCUUGUUCCAUUCUCCCCUCCUCCAGCUGGGGCAGGCAGCACUGCAGGAGCAGCAACUGCCAAGGACUUAAGUCCCAAAGAAGGUAAGCAUUUCUCCCUUCCCACCUUUCCUAUUUCCCCACCCACUCCUGCCUGCCAAUGCCAGAUGCUGUCUUGGGGGUGAGAUGAGCUCCUGCCAGCUCCAGCUGGGCUGCAGAGGGGCCACACUUACCAGGGACAGCAGUGGCAGUGGCCAAGGGGCAUGUUUCCCCUCCAUGUGCUUGCUCUUGGGCUGGCAGGGAGCACCUGUGGGGAUCAGGCAGGAGAAGGAACAUGACUGUCUGCUGCAGCUGCUGUGAUCUGGGCUGAGCACAACUGCUGUGGAGUCCACCUGGAGUGGGUAGAACCUCCUCUCCCCCAGGUGCUGUCGGAGAGGGGGAAAUGGGAUAGAGAGGUGCAGGGGAGAGGAGAUGUGCUUUUGAGGGGAAGGGAGCUGGGAAAUGCUUACCUUCAUUGAGACUUAAAUCCCCAUCUGCUGCUCCAGUGGCAUGGUCAGGGAGGGUUGUCUCGGUUCACUCUCUGGUAGAUUCCUAAUGCAUUUCAUGCAGGCCCAUGACCAAUAACCAGCUCCUGAUGACUGCAGUUUGCUACCAGCUUCAAUUGAAUUUAUGCCAGGGACCUUUAGGAGAAAGAUUGUGCAGGUUGUUCCAGUCUCCCACAAGUUACUAGAAAGCCAAAGUUCUCUGGUUCUUCAGCACAUUUUUUCCACUUGAAAUAAAAGUGGGGUCUGGACAGUGCCAGGGUUUCUAUUUUAAUCCAUUUUCUAUUGUGUCUUUAAAAUGUUAACAGCUGAAAAUCAGUAGCUCAUGGUCAGAAAUGCAAGAAAUGGCCAAUAUUGAUUUUUUUUUUCCUCUUAAAUGUGCUUGCUGUGAUUAAAAGUUUUAUUGAAGUCUUUUCAAGAUGGCAAGAGACCCAGUAGCAGUAUUUCAGGAAAAAUUAGGAGAUUUAAGGGCUGCUAGUAACCCAUUAGAUAAUUGAGUUGGUGAAUGACAUAUCUUGGUAGUACACUGCUGUUCCAACCUCUUGUUGCCAAAUCCCUUCCAGUCCAUUGUUCUGUGCAGAGUGGCAUUUUGGAUUAUACACAAGCUGUAAAUAAAUAUUUAUACUUCUCUAGGUUUUGGGACUUGAGGGGGUGCUCUUUCCUUUAUUUCUCUAUCUUCAUAUUUGGGUUUGGGUGGUGCUGUUGCUUACCCAUGAUUAAUAGUACAUUGGGAAUACUACACAGUAUUGAAAACAUUCAUAGCCUUGAUUCAGCGCUCUCUGGAUUCCUCCUUGUAGGAACAUAUGACCACUAUGAAGCAAUAAUUUCUAAUGAUCUGUGUGCCUUUGACUUGGAAGCAGGGAGUCUUGUGGGCUAAUCAGUUGGGUUCAACUAAAGAGGACCUGAUUUUCAGAGCUUCUGAGAGUCUCUAAUUGCAGCUGAAAUCACAGGGAGCGGAAGUCAAGUCCUAAAAGCCAAGUCCUUGAUGUUGAAGGUUUACACCCAAAAUUAGUGGACACUUUGGAAAAAUUUACGUUUUAAUCUCUCUGUACAUUUUCAAUAUGUGAAUGGAGAUAAUCAUUCUUAACUGCCUGAUGGGUUUUGUAAGGACUAUAAUAAGUUAACAUUUGUUCAGUGUGAAGUAUAACAUCUUUCUGUUUCAUAUAAGGCAGCUUACAAUUUCAGGGGAUUGUAAAGAAAGGGAGGAAAUUGGGCUUUAUAGCCAAUAAAGAAUAAUAUAAUUAUAAAACACGCAGCUUUCCUUAGUACAUCAUUGUGUACUCAAACAUUUAUCACAUCCAGAAAGAGCUGGUGAAGCUUAUAAGUCAGAGAUCAUGCCCAGCUUUUAACUACUGCAACAUCCAUUAAAUAAUUGUAUCCUGCAAUUAUCCUUCAAAGCACUAGGUUGUAAUACACAAGAUACUUCCAGACUGAUUUGGUAUAUUGCAUAUCCAUUAGUUCAUCCAGAAAAGAAUAUUUAUUAUAUGUAUGUUUUUCUUUUACUAGUAGUAGUAGUAAAGUGAGGCUUGUCUAACAUCCUAAUGCCUAAGCAUGUCUAUGGCUGUUUCGGAGAAUGGGGUUGAGCCAGUGAGAACUGUUAUUGGUGUAUGCUUAGCAGCAGAGUGAAGUGAAAUGGAAAGGCAAGAGGAGGAGAAGAUUACAACAUGGAAGGGAGAAACCUCAGAGGAUAAAUGUAUAAAUUGAAUAAGGUAAAUACAAGCUGAUCUCACAAGAAUACUGUUAGACUUAAUUUUUAUAAAACAUUUUUACUUCA